AUGGCAAAAACAAAUCAAGUUAGUAUUUGGGAAGUAUCGACAAAUGACCGUCAUAAUAAACUUAACAGUCAUGUUGAUGAUGAUGAAGAAGGACGACCGAGUAAAUACCAACGCUCUUUAGCAGCUUUUGAAAAUUUAAAAUGUUGUUGCUCAUGUUCAAGCCCUAUUUUUAUCGGAUUUGUGAUUGGAGCCUUAGUUGCAGGAAUCGUACUAGCAACAGUUGUCUCAAUCUAUGUGGUUGAUUCAGUAGUUCGACGACGUCUAGCACUUCGACUACUGGCACAACAACAACUUCAACCACCACCACAACAACGACUUCAACCACUACUACGUCAACUACUAGCACAACAACAACUUCGACCAGUACAACUACAACGACUACAACCACAACGACUACAACAAGUACGAGCACUACCACUACAAGCACUACAAGCACUACCACUACAACCACCAGCACAACAACAACUUCGACCAGUACAACCACAACGACUACGAGCACCACUACCACUAGCACAACAACAACUUCUUCAGCAAGUACAUCAUCAACAUCGACUAGUACUUCAACUACGACUACUACAACAACCACAACGACUACGAGCAUCACUACCACUAGCACAACAACAACUUCUUCAACAAGUACAUCAUCAACAUCGACUAGUACUUCAACUACGACUACUACAACAACCACAACUUCUUCGACAAGCUCUUCUACAUCAACUACAUCAGUGUCGACGACAACUACAACUAGUGCUACCACAACAACCACUUCAACAACAACAUCACAAACAACAACGAGUGCAACUACAGGUACAACAACAACAUCAACUACAACUACGACAACAGCGCCUUGUAAGGUGUACGACAUGUGUCACAUUCGAUAAUAUUCCUGGUCAGUUAGCCACUACUGGUGUUGUUCCCAAUGGAUACAAUAAUUUGAAUUGGACAAACGUCUGGUACGUCAAUGCAUCAACAGAGCCAACAAGCGGUUAUGAGUAUGCUGUUACCUCACCACCAUUUGUUGGUACUAAUCCAGGAGGUGCAACUGUGAAAAUAACAUCUGCUAACGGUACUAGCUUUGCAUUCGAUUCAGUGAUUGUUACGUCUGCUUGGCGAGAUGAUCUUUAUUGGGUGAUAUAUGGUUAUCGAAAUGGUGUUAAUACAGUAGCUGGUGGCUUUUAUAUGCAGGUCGCAAAUCAAACAAUCAUAUCGUGCGGUUCAUGUACUAAUCUAGAUACACUCUAUUUUGUUGUAUCAGGUGGUACACCUCAUGUGGGAUUAGCUCAAACUGGAUACGAGUCUGCUUUUGAUAAUUUAUGUAUUUCAUUUGGAUACUAA